GCCAAUCGCGAUUGCGAUUUCGCGGAUUUGGCGCGAGUCGGCGAGGGUAUGCGCAUGUCAGCCGGCAUUGUCUCGCUUCAAGAAGAGCCGGCGCUCACUGUAAAAUCUUGUCAAAAAGGAGGGCUCGCCGAUACAAUUAGGACCAUUCAUCAGCAACUGUAGCGCAGUUUUGUUUUGUUGAGCAGCAUCUCGAGGCACAGAAAUGGCAGACAAGGACGCCGUUGAAGAGAGGGUGAUCAAUGAGGAGUACAAGAUAUGGAAGAAGAACACUCCUUUUCUCUAUGACCUCGUAAUGACACACGCACUGGAGUGGCCCAGCCUAACGGCCCAGUGGCUCCCAGACGUAACGCGCCCUGAGGGAAGGGACUACAGCAUCCACAGGCUCAUUUUGGGGACACACACAUCUGAUGAACAGAACCACCUGCUCAUAGCAAGCGUACAAUUGCCAAGUGAAGAUGCUCAAUUUGAUGCAACUCACUACGAUAGCGAGAAAGGAGAGUUCGGUGGUUUUGGAUCUGUCAGUGGGAAGAUUGAUAUUGAAAUCAAGAUCAACCACGAGGGGGAAGUCAACCGAGCGCGCUUCAUGCCGCAAAACCCGUGCAUCAUCGCCACGAAGACUCCCUCGAGCGAUGUGUUAAUCUUCGACUACACUAAGCACCCCUCAAAGCCUGAUCCCAACGGUGAAUGUAGUCCUGAUCUCAGACUUCGCGGUCAUCAGAAGGAAGGAUACGGUCUUUCUUGGAACCCUAAUCUCAAUGGCCACCUCUUGAGUGCCUCAGAUGACCACACCAUUUGUCUCUGGGACAUCAAUGCUACUCCAAAAGAGAAUAAAGUGGUUGACGCUAAAACCAUCUUCACUGGACACACCGCCGUUGUUGAAGAUGUGGCAUGGCACCUUCUCCACGAGAGCCUUUUUGGAUCGGUAGCAGAUGACCAGAAACUGAUGAUCUGGGACACCCGCUCAAACAACACAAACAAGCCAAGCCAUACAGUUGAUGCGCACACGGCUGAGGUGAACUGCCUCUCCUUCAACCCAUAUAGCGAAUUCAUUCUGGCAACAGGCUCAGCUGACAAGACGGUGGCACUGUGGGAUCUGCGGAAUCUGAAGCUCAAACUCCACUCAUUCGAAUCGCACAAGGACGAGAUCUUCCAAGUGCAGUGGUCGCCUCACAACGAGACCAUUCUGGCCUCGAGCGGCACCGAUCGACGGCUCCACGUCUGGGACCUCAGCAAGAUCGGCGAGGAGCAGUCUGCAGAGGACGCCGAGGACGGCCCUCCAGAGCUCCUGUUCAUUCACGGAGGCCACACGGCCAAGAUAUCGGACUUCUCUUGGAAUCCGAAUGAGCCUUGGGUCAUCUGCUCCGUGUCUGAAGACAACAUCAUGCAAGUCUGGCAGAUGGCCGAGAACAUCUACAACGAUGAAGAGCAGGAGACUCCUGCUACCGAGCUCGAAGCAUCGGCAUCGUAAAUUGGCCGUGGUGCUCGACAUUGGCUGUCCAAGUCGGUGUUGCCACGACCAUAUGUGUUUAAUUGUACAACUCAUAAUCACGUCCACCACCGCUUUUUUUUUUCUUUUUUGAUGACAGUCCUAGUUUAUUUUUGGCAGUUGCAUUGUAUGGGUAAUUUUUAUCUUCAGUUUGCGACGGGCAAUGUGGUAUAUUCAUUAAAAACAAAAAUACAUUAUCGAUUUGAUGUGUGAUCUGCUUGUCAUAUUGCCUCAUUUUUUUUAUGUGUAAGUGAAACAUUGUAAAAUGGAAUGGGUUUGCAAAAUAGUUGCGAUUCCCUUACAUGUGGGUCAUUUCCAUUCCAACCUGACCUAUUGUUCGAAAAGUAUUUAUUUAUUGGUUCUGUAUUUCCAACUGCAUUUUAAGCCGAAUAAAUACACUUUGUAACCAGA